AUGCGACGUUUCCUCCAUUCGAACCGAAGCACCACCUCCAGCAUCUUUCAGAUCGACCCCGCUCCGCAAAGCCUCAGAGACUCCGAUGCGAGUUCGAUAGCGUCGUGCUCGACAGCUCCACCGAGCUACUCCGAAGAGGAAUGGAGCGUCGACUCGAGGUACGCAGACACAGAUGCAGGAGACAGCACCAUCGCCAACGCAGACACCGACUCCGAGCUCAGCCACAACGACUUGGACCCUCCAGCCCCGACCUACACCCCCGAACGCUCAACCACACCCACGCUCACACGUCCCGGAACCCCCGCGGACUUCAAAAAUCCCCGUUUCGCAUUCGUGUCCCAUUCGCGAGCACCGUCCGGCGCCAGUACCGCGUCGAUUAUUGCCACCGCCAGUAGCAGCACCGUGUCCGUCGGAGAACUAAUACGUCCUGACGCGAAAGCGUCUUUGCGUCCGUCGUCGUCUGCGAUUAUGAUUGCGUGGAGUGCGCCGGAUCCGGCGAUGGUGACUGUCGAGGAUGGGCCGACGAAAUAUGCUUUGGCACCGCGGACCCCGAACUCCAUGCUCGUUCUCCCGCCUUCAGCGGACGCGGGUGCGGACUCGGGCGAGAACGCGUUAUACCGCAUCUCGGUCAACUCGAAUUGUUUCAUGCCGUCGUCGUAUAUCACUACCAUACGCAGAGGAGGAUCCGAGGAUGGAGAGUUUGUCGGAGACUUCGAGAUAGGCGAUUCGAUGGUAAAGUGGACGAUAACUAUCGGCGAACAGCAGAUGUUGUUGCAGAAUAUAAUGACGACGAAGAAGGAAGAAGCUCAUGUCCGUGCUAGUCUUCGGACGAAUGCGCGUGCUGCACCCGUGGUGGCCCAGGCUUGGGAUUGGAACUUUCGUGGAAUUCAUCUUCAGUGGUCACACGUCCCAAGGUCAAAAAACCGCAAUAGUUCAAAAAUCAUGGUCUGCCACCACGUCCUCUCCUCACCCUCCAGCUCCAGCUCCAGCUCCGCCUCCUCCGCCGCCUCUAACACAUUCCGAAAAUUCAAAUCCCCCAUCGCCUCCUCCUCCUCCUCCCCCCCUUUGUCUUCGUCCGCCUCCUCCUCCUCCUCCUCUCCCUCUCCCCUCUCAUCCCCAUCCUCUUCAUCCUCGGCAACGUCAUCAAAAAAUGAAUCGGUCCUGAUCGCCACCUUCGACCCCGCCGACCCCUCAAGCUGGACCGGCGAGUUCAAAAGACGGCCGAAGGAGCUGAUCGUGUAUCCGGAGGGGAAGGAGAUGAUGGAUGUUGUGGUGAUUAGUUUGAUGGUGGCGGAGAGGAUGAGGUUGAUGUUGCCUUCGUGA